AUGGCUGUGCAAAACGCAGAGAGGCUCAUUGAUCUCACGCCUCCUCCAUCCGUCACGGCCUCCUCUUUCCAUCAUGGAGAUCAAAGUGAUGGUGCGCUGGAGCAUCAGCAUGUAAUUAGCCAAUCGAAUGUUUCUACUUCUCAGGCAUUCAUCACUGCUGCAGAACAAAGUUUGGAGACCCAAGCAAACAACUACAACAACAGCAAUCAAGGCAAGAGACAUGGGAAUGAGCAUCAGCGAAGCUAUAAGAAGCGUGAUGAGUGUCUUGAAAUCUUUCAAGAAAUCCAGAAUGCUUUGUGGCGACAAUUUCAUCAGAUACAGAGUAUUGUGUUUGACAGUAAAGAAGUCGAGCACAUGCUUCAAGAAUUGGCAGAGGAAGAAUUGGAUAUCGAUUUGGUUCGCGCCCUUCGAACGCUGGGCAAUUCUCUCACCGGUGUUCGACAUAUUCUCAAGGGAAAUAUUGUCAUGAUGGAGGAGGCAAAGGCCAAUCCAAGUCUUGACAGCUCGGAGUCUGGCAGUUCAACUCCGCAAUCCGACGAACGAGGCGUGUCAAACAGCAGAGCAGAAUCACCAGACACCGUCGAGACAGAGAUUGAUCUUUUGCUAGAUGACGGCCUUCCCGAUGAGCAGAUUAUUGGUAUGACUGAGCUUACUGAUGAUGAGCAAUUCUUCUUAACCGAGAACAGGGAUAUGGAAUUGCUAGAAGAAACCGUCUCGUUUGUCGAUACCCCAGGAGGAAACGCACCCUUUCACCUAGAUUUGGAGUAUCAGUCCGAUGUGGCAGAGGUCUAUGUGACCACUCCAACCACAGGGCUGCAAAGCCGUCGUGUCAUGCUCACAAACUUGCCGCCUGAUGCAACCACGUCUCAGAUCACACGAGGUAUUCAAUGCCACGGUGGACUCCUUGGCAUCAUGGUACUCAACACUGCCCCAAUUUUUAGCAAUGAUACCAAGACCGCCAUGCUCGAGUUCGUGUAUCACCAGUCGGCCGCCGAAUUUACACACGACGCCAACACUUCUCCUCUCUUAUACAAGGCCGAAAACGGUGACGUCUAUAGCGCCAACGCAUGGCUGAUCUCAUCUUCCUCUUAUGGCUUUGGCAGAAUUGACAAGGGCCUUCUUGAUAAUGGAUGUGCUCGUCGUUUCCUUCUUAAAGGGUUUCCGAAGGAGUGCAUAUGGUACUUUAUCAGCACCAUUGGCACAAACAAUAUCGUGUCUACUAAUUACAAUGAGGCAAACGACGGAUUAACUGUUGAAUUUGCGACUCUCUUUCAAGCAAACAGAGCUGAUUGGCUCAUCUUCUCAGGAAGAUUUUCCGACUUUUAUACUAUUAACCCCGACGAUGCAAAAUUUCGCAUGUUCCUGGCUGAUUCGACACACACAAACGAGGCGUUGUCCAGAAUCCGUCGUCGACAGCAUGAAAGUCCAAUCUCGCACCCCUUUGGAGACGAUUUGGAAGAGCAAUGGAAUCGUUAUCCGUACAACGACUACUUGCCUCCUCACCUUCGGAGAGCGGCCGCUCAAAUGGGACCAACACGGGUCUCUCUAAAGACACGCUUAGCAUUGCAGUACGAAAUUGACGAAAGUGAAGUCGACGACUACCUUGACGACCUUGAGAACCGCAAGGACACCGAAUACCGUAUCAUAGGCAGCGACAUCACUCUGACUCGCCGCAAAUGGGGCUGGAAAAUAUCAGCCGAGGACGAGGCCAAGCUUCUCCUGGAGAACACGCUCCACGAGCCCGACUGGGCAGACUACUGGGAUGAACACUUCAAGGCGUGUGGCGAGAUCAAUCGUCGCAAAUGGGAGCACUACGGCAUGGUGGCCAAGCACCGCCGCGAGAAGGCUGAAGAGCAAGGCCUCGCCCCGGACACGGUACCCAAGUGUCCGAAAAGCUGUGAGAUGGGAUGCCGCGACAUCAAGGCAGUGCCUGCAGCUGCUGUCGUGAAGAAGUUCCUCGAGAAGAGAGCUCUUAAUUAG